UCUGCGCUCGCUGCGGUCCCUUCUGCCAGCACACCGUGGGGAUCGCGCCAUUUGUUUCUUUAAUUCCUGGCAGCAGGCGAGCGGGCCAGCGGUUGCGGGGCAGGUGGAAGGAUUGUGGACUGAGACGCGCUCGGGCAGAGACUAUGUAAUCGCUUCGGUGUCUGUGCAGAGGACUGCGCUUCAGGGAGGGCAGAGGAGGGAUCGGCUCGCUCCUUGGCGACUCGGCAGGCGGAGUUUCGCGGCGGCACCAGCGUUGGCGCCCGCCCGCGGGGAGGUCGCUCCAUCCAGCCCCAGCGGCCGCGAGAAUCCGAGCGCCUGAACGCGGUAGUCAGCGGGGGCGAGGGAGAGCGAGACCGAGCUCCGGGGCGUGAGGGAGCGGGCCGGGGAGUCCGGGGAGAGGCGAGCGGCGGUCGCGAGCGAGCCAAGCGCGCCCCCCGCCCGUGCCAGCGGUGCCGCGCCGGGCGGCGUCUGGGCGGCAUGGAGAAGGACGGCCUGAGCCGCGCGGACCAGCAGUACGAGUGCGUGGCGGAGAUCGGGGAAGGCGCCUAUGGGAAGGUGUUCAAGGCCCGGGACCUGAAGAACGGAGGCCGUUUCGUGGCGCUGAAGCGCGUGCGGGUGCAGACGGGCGAGGAGGGCAUGCCGCUCUCUACCAUCCGCGAGGUGGCGGUGCUGAGGCACCUGGAGACCUUCGAGCACCCCAACGUGGUCAGGUUGUUUGAUGUAUGCACAGUGUCACGAACAGACAGAGAAACCAAACUGACAUUAGUGUUUGAACAUGUCGAUCAAGACUUGACCACUUACUUGGAUAAAGUCCCGGAGCCUGGCGUGCCCACUGAAACCAUAAAGGACAUGAUGUUUCAGCUUCUCCGAGGUCUAGAUUUUCUUCAUUCUCACCGAGUAGUGCAUCGUGACCUAAAACCGCAGAACAUUCUGGUGACCAGCAGUGGACAAAUAAAGCUGGCUGACUUCGGCCUUGCCCGCAUCUACAGUUUCCAGAUGGCUCUUACCUCAGUGGUCGUCACGCUGUGGUACAGAGCUCCAGAAGUCCUGCUUCAGUCCAGCUACGCCACCCCCGUGGACCUCUGGAGUGUUGGCUGCAUAUUUGCGGAAAUGUUUCGUAGAAAGCCUCUUUUUCGGGGAAGUUCAGAUGUCGAUCAGCUUGGAAAAAUCUUGGACGUAAUUGGACUCCCAGGAGAAGAAGACUGGCCUAGAGAUGUCGCCCUUCCCAGGCAGGCAUUUCACGCAAAAGCUCCUCAGCCGAUUGAGAAGUUUGUAACAGAUAUUGAUGAACAAGGCAAAGACCUACUUCUGAAGUGCUUAACAUUCAAUCCAGCCAAAAGAAUAUCAGCCUACAGUGCCCUGUCUCACCCAUACUUCCAUGACCUGGAGAGGCGCAAGGAGAACCUGGACGCCCGUCUGCCACCCAACCAGAACAGCUCAGACAUGAACACAGCCUAAGGCCCCCGCCGCUGCCUUGUGCUGAUCACCUGGAGAACACCCUUGGUGGCUGAUGCCACCCCCUCCCUCACCCUGAGUAAGCCCCAGCAGAGCUGCUGAGGAUCACUGGCUGGGGACCUUCUAGUUGCCGUCUUCUGGACGGGCUCUGCUUCUCCAUGGAAACCGCUUAGUUUACUGUUUUGAAAUCAAUGCAAGAGUGAUUGCAGCUUUAUGUUCAUUCGUUUGUUUGUCUGUCUGUUUGUUUCGAGAACCUGGAAAAAUUCCAGAAGAAGAGAAGCUGCUGACCAAUUGUGCUGCCAUUUCAUUUUUCUAACCUUGAAUGCUGCCAGUGUGAAGUGAGCAAUCCAGGCACAGCUGAGUUAUGAUGUAAUCUCUCUGCAGCUGCCCCAGCCUGAUUCGGUACUUUUGAGUGAGAGUGUGCGUGCCUGUGUGUGUGUGUGUGUGUGUGUGAUUCUUGUUCUCUUAAAGUGUUACUUUCUGUAAACAACAAGAAGAAUUGAAUUUGAAAGACUCAAAACGACCUAUAAAUAACAGGUUUCUGUUGACUACAGGUGAUUUAUCAGAAUGGGCUUCUUGAAUUAGAAAGUUGAGCCCAUGUCCUCAGAAUUUCAUGGUCAAAAGCAGUAAGUUUGCUAGCAUUAAAAGGUUCACUAUCUAGAUGAGGUUUUAUACACACAACAAAAGGAAAAAAAAAUACUGGUAUCUUUUAAGAGACCUGUUUUUUAAAGCAUACAUUCUAGUUACUCUUCCAAAAAAGCUGAAUUUACUCAGUAUAAGUCCAUUUUAACUUGUUUUAUAUGCUUUUAUUGUUUCUUUUGAAAAAUACCCUUAUAAGCUUUUUCUUACUUGCUAUAGAUAUAGGGAGUAUACCUCAAAUAGGUAAAAUUGUCAAAAAAAAAAAAAUUAGAGAAAGCCUUUAUUUCCUGAUUUGAAAUCUAUUUCCUUCUUGGGUUUUGUUGUUACUUUAUUUUGCUUUUGAUUUUAGGAAUUUGUCAGAAACUGUUUGCUGUCUUGGUGUGGAGAGUAGUUCUCUCUGACCAGAGACAGGAAUACCAUUUAAGUUUUCCCUAUUACACUGUACGUUUUCUACCAUGCACUGCCUUGUUUGCAAAGUGUCCAUCAUAUCUAUCCCCCAAGACCUCUAAUAUAUAGUACUACCAUUACAUAACUGAUAACAGAUUGCCCACACUUUUCACAAACACCUCCUGCUUGCUUGCUUUCAGUGACCCUUUUGUGAAUACUUAGAUUCAGAUUGUGGCUUGUGGCUCCGAUUUCGCGAUCCUAACAGGGCCCCCCCCAGUAGGUCCUCGUUCUCCUGCAUUCUUCCUACCUGGCAUUCAUUGUUGUUAUCUAGGCAGUGAGUAGAGGACUGGUUCUUCUCUUAUCACCAGCACAUAGAUUGCUUUAAACUGUUACUUAGUGUUUUACAGUUUUUGUAGAAUAUAUUGUCAGAAUCAGAGGGAUGUCUUUAACUGUUGUUUAGAAAUCUAUAUUUACUCUCUAGAAUGAUAUUUUCUCCAUCCCCUAGGCUGUGCUUGUUCCUAGUGCCUUGUGCCUACUCCUCUUCUCUGCAGAGCCAGAGUGACCUGGGCAUUGGGAACAGCUUUAUUUUUUUCUCUUGCCGUUUUCUCUACUGUUCUUGAUGUUCCAGUGUCAUCUCUGCCUUAUAUGUGAUUCGUGCUCAAAGACACAGAGAUUAAGCAUCUUUCUGGAAGUUUAGCUGUCUUUGCUUUCUGACUCAUGAUUUGAGUGCGUGCAACAGUUAGACUAUGUUUAGAGUUAGGGUUUUCAAAAAAUGAACAUUGCUUCCCUCAGUAGAAAAUGUUCCAGAUGAUGUUUAUAUGUUGUCAAGCCUUCCUGAAUUCUUCACAGCUCAGUAUUUCUAUACUACCAUAUUGAGCAAGAAAAAAAUUAGGAGACUUUUCUCCUGGAAAGCUUUUUUGGGGUGGGAAUUACUCUUUUUUAAUAUAUACAUUGUUUAACAUUUUUCUAACUCAGUAACUUGAAGGGCAGGAAGAUUUGUCUAAAACCGGAUACAAAAUGAGAAGAUGGGCCAUAUGACUGUUUUACGCUUUCUUCGUUGUUCACAGUAUUGAUUAUGCUUUGUUAUCCCUUAUAAAUGCUUGAGAUAUAACGAAUCCAGAGCAUGGGGGUUGGGGGGCGAUGUCUCUCUUGGAACAGCGAGCUCUGCUUUUCCUUUGACGGCAGGUCAAAAUACCAAGACAUUUUUGCUGGGGCCUAGACAUUUGAGUUUUAAAACUCACUGCACUGAUUCGUCAUGUGCUUUUUGUUUCGCAUUCACGAUUAGAGUGUACAUAACUUGACUCUGCUUUUUUAAGUUUUUCCUGAGUUCUCUCGAGAAAAAUGCAGCUGUUCUAAACUGGAAUUUUUCAGGAUUCUUGAGAAUUUUAAACAAGUAGAGAGCCCCACUUUAUUUCUAGCAUAUACUUUUGGUUCAUUUCUUGGUAGUGUUUAUUUAAAAAAAAAAAAAAGGCACCAACAGUUUCAGCAUUGGAUACUUGCAGAUUAUCCUCGGAGAGGCAGGAGGAGGAGGUGCUUCAGCCUUUCUGAACUUUGAGAGUCUGACCCCAGCUCUUCCAUGCGUACUUCUUGGGAGUUGAGUGAUUACCCUCUUGCUUUAUGUCUUGUAUAUCUGGCCUACCCGUUCUCGAAUGCAGAUCCCACAGAAGCACCCUUAGCAUUAGGGCACCUGGACACGUAUAGCAGCAUAGGACCUGACUGAAUACAGCUUAUUCUUUUGUGACAUAUAGUUUCAAAGGUCUUUGCCAAAAGUGAAGGCAUGGUUAGCUGCAAAGGCCACACUGCCCCAGGGGUAUACUGAAGCCGCUUAUAACAGUAAAAAUCUGGGGUCAGAUUGAAAAUCAUGUUCGCAUUUCAUAAGAGAACUGGUGCUGGCCUCUGGCUGCUGGUUUCUACGUGACAGUUGUUCUGGUGGUCCAGGCACUGUGGGAACUGUGGUGUGGGCUGGAAUUCUAACAGUCCCACUGAAGAAUAAAAGAGACACCUGUCCGUUUCAGCAUCAUAAGCUAUCAUGUGGCAAAGGAAAUAAGGCCUUAAUCUUCUAACCUUAAAAACGUAGCUUCCAAGGGCUUUUAAGAACUCAGUGCCUUGGUGCCUCCCACUUUUGUCUCUCCUUUAAAGUGGACAGGAGCCCAAGAAGCAAAGAACCUGUUUUGGACAAGAGCUCCGAGCCAUUUUAUCCCUCUGUAUUCUCAUGAUUUUGUCUCAGGAAUCGCACACUAGGAAUGGCACACUUUUCAUUUAGCCCAUUGUGUCUUACGGAAAAAUAGUUCAAAGUAUUUACCUCAGAGUAAAAUCUCUACCUUUCUGUUUUAAGUAAAAAUGAAAAUUUCAGAAUGCACGGGAUAUCAUAAAGAGAAUUUGUACCCCUUACUAAAGAUUUUAUCUUUAGUUUGAUGACUCCAGAAUGCGAUACUGUCCAUCUUGGAAAAAAACCUAAAUAGUACCAAACAUCGUGAACCUUUAAUUAUGUAUUAAAAUUGAGCUUUUAACUACAGCUGCUUCUCUUAAAAGUGGUGCCUAUUAAAGUCAGUAAUGUAAUCCUCAUUCCUUUAUGGAAAUUAAAAUCAUGUAAGCUUCAAAUACAAACAUUAAAAUUCUGCUCUUCAAAUAAUUGCUUCUUAUAAGUGACAGCUGGACUCUUUGUAUGAUAAGCACACAAGAGAGUAUCUAACAUUUUCCAAAAGCAGGCUUUUGUUGCAUCAUCAGGUCUAAGAAAGAGUGAUAGAAAAAGUUAACAAGCCACUGUAAUUACUUAAUUGUGUUAGUACAGAAACUAUAGAAUAUUUACCUUGGAAAGAAAAUGUUGAAACAUUAUAAAUUCUGAGGUAUUGAUAGAAUUCAGAAGAACGCAUGUUUUACAUUGUGACACAUUAAAACAGUGUCUUUUAUUUUAUAAAAAUAAAGAUGUGACAUGAUUUCGAAAUCUUUAAAAGUUCUAAAACAGUGGACAAUGGAUAGAAGAAAUUCAGAAAAAAGUGAAGGUUUUCAAAAAAGGGUAGUUUCAAAGUUAGAUAUAUUUUGAAGGAUAGAUAUUAACAAAUAUAUUGUAAGAAUUUAUAUUACAGUCCCCUGGCAACUAUGAAAUCUAUAUGUUCUAAAACAUGUCUUACAGAAAAGCUGUUCCAAAGCAGUUGCCAUUUCAAAUAUCAGCCUGAAGAAACUAAACUACCUGACCUCCUUUCUUAGUUUGUGGGAGGAAGCAGCUAUGAGAAGCUACACUUGUUAUACAAGCCUAAGAGUGUUCGUUGUAAGAAAUACAUAUACAUACUGAAUUUUUAAAAGGCACGUUUCCUGUGCCACCAGGAUUUUUUUGAAAAACUGAAGCCCAAAUCAUGUGCAUCCAGUACAAUUCAGAUGUAUAACUAGAAACAUAGCUAUGUGCUCCUUCCCCACCAUGGAGAAACUUCUCGAGGCUACCCAAAAGCCUGUCCAGCAACGUGAGCCCCCAGACAAUUAACAGUGGUGUUUUCCUCCACAAGCACAAGAAAACAGCAUUUUCAUUUCUUAUCCAUGCAGUUUUCAACCUCUUUGUGUUACAUACCUAUAUCUCAAGCAUUUCUAACUUGUACUUUUUCAGAAAAUAAACCCCAAGAUUCCUCUGGCCUUUUCUAUCUUCUGAUGUUUGUAUACAGCAGAUAUGUGAAAGAGGAGGGGUCUGAUUUUAAGUGUUUGUUUUUUUUUUUUUUUUCUCAGUUGUUUGUUUGUCUUAAUGAAGUAUGAAUCAGCUUUUUCAAAAUGUUUUCUAUUUCUUAGCAUUCCCAGGGAGUUUAGAUAAAUGCAUGAACUUCCAUCAACAUAUUUAUGUUUCCUUUGAUACUGGUGCUCGGGCCUUCGGGAAGAAAACAAGAGCCUCUUGAAAACUUAUACAGGCUUUUUUUUUUUUUUUUUCCCAAGUAUCUACUUAAAAACUAUUACAGCAGUUUGAAGGUUGUAAGGUAGGAAAGGGAAACGAUUUUUCUUGCAAAUGUCUGUUUUAAAUUUCACACUGACCUAAGACAUGGGCUUUCUUGUUUCAUUCCAAUAUAUUCCACAAGGUGGCACUUUCCGGGGGGGGGGGUGGAAUCUGAGUAAGGCGAAAGACAAAACUUCAUUCUAACUUUAUUUUUCUGCACAUAUUAUACUCUUGUAAAAUUUUACUCUUGUAAAAAGCACUUGUUUUUUGGGGAUGAUUGACCUUAAUAUUUUAGUUGUUCGCUAGGUUCUGAACAAUUGUCUGAAGGGGAGUUGUACUUGAGAGUGAAUAAUGCACCCAUUUUGAUUUUUAAGUGCAUAAAGAGAGCCAAGACCUAUUUUCCAAGAAGCAUUUUUUUUUGAGGUACCUAAUUACCUCACUCUUCUAGGUGCAGAAGUUACAAUAGACUUAGUAGUUAAAAGGCAACACUCACCUGUGACCUGGAUAGUUUCCUUAGGAGUGGAAAACUCCCGUGGCCUCAGCCAAAGUACCUGUACCCCCGUCUGGUGUUUUCCCAUUUCCUACCAUGAUGUCUUUUUUAAAUCCUCAUUUAGAAAUCAGGUGAGUAAAAUAAGUAACAUUGGUAUUUAAAUAGACAAUUUUUUUCUGAAGAAUUGGCCAUGCUGAAACAGAGCCCUUAUACACUAAAAAGGCAUGGUAAUUUCAUCACAAGUGUAAAUUCACAAGAAGUGCACUUUUGUAAAAAUCCUGUCCAAGCAUGUGAGCAUAAUAACCUAGGAGUAUAUUUACAUAAAUCUUUCAUUUCUCCACUUGGGAAGUUCUUUAACAACUUUCUCUCUGUAUCUAUAUAGAGAUAUACCCAUACACUGCUAUGUUUUAAUUCACAGGUCUGCUCAGAGACUGAUCAUCCCCAGAUGAUUUUAGAUAAUUUUAGAAAUCCUUUUCCUCAGUAAGUGUUACAGAAAUUUAGGAGGAAGACAGUUAUAGUACUUUUCAGAGUUGCCUUAGCACCGCAAAACAAAGGCAGUUUACUCCUCCUGCGGGGCGGAAACUCCAUAGUGCUUGCUUAACUUGCCUGCAGAGUAGCCGGCAGGCAAGUCUCACUAAUACAUUCUAAAUCGAAACACCGAAACACCGCACAUACUAGGGGCUGGCCAGAGCUCUUUGGGGACUCCUCGGCCUCAUCCCUCUGCUCAAAACCCCACCAAAGUAGAGUCCAGUUUAAGCCUCUAAAUGGAAAGCCAAAUUCAGACCUCGAAUUUGUUACCAGUUGGGCCAGUCUGAACUCAACUUGCUCGUGAUCAGCACUAGACGCCCACCUGAAAACCCCCCGAGGGUACGCCGCGCAGUCACCCCGCCCCUUUGGCAGUUGAGUGGUAGUGGGCGGAGCUGGCUGGGACCUGAAACCUAGUACACACCCGGUGGGGUACGGCCGGCGGUCCAUGUGCCCUGCUGCUGUCUCAGAGGCAUCUGUUCUGCAGUCCUAGGAAGUAGAAUGUCCCUAGAAGCAAACGGGUGUCUUCUGUGCAUAAAUAAAGUACAACACAAUUCUUUGAAAGUUCGGGUAUAGUAAUAAUAGUAUAAUAAAGAGAUGCCGCUCUGUGUGAAGCAUGUACCGGGCAUCUCUAAGCUCAGCUUUUUUUUCUUUUUUUUUUUUUUUAAGAGAAGAUGUAUAAUUACAAGAAAGAUUUUUUUAUUUUUUUAUUUUCUAUCAUUCUACAUAUAUGGUGGCAAAAGAUAUGCGUGGAAAAGUUUUGUUUUGAAAAUUUGUUUAUUUUCUGCCUUGGCGAAAUCUCCUCACUCUCUACUUUUUACUUUCUACUUUCCCUUUUUUUGGAGGGGGGGUGUCAAAUAGCUAAGGGUAAAUAAACCAAUUAUCUCACAUAGUAGGAGAUUUUCCUGUUUAGAGGACCUUGUGUAUGAAUUGUUUCAUCAAGCAAGUAACUCCUUCUCUACCUUAGGACUUUGGAUUGUCAAAUACAGGUUUCCUUGAUAAAGGGGGCAUAUAACUACAUAUUGCAGUAAGGACCUAUUACUGUAGCACUAAGGAGUGAGCAUAGAGCCACACACAGUUACUUAAUUUCUAACGCUCUGUGGUUUCUGGCCAAAUUCUGCUGACAUGCUUAGGUUACAGUCCUGAAGAUACCCAUCCUACUUGAAAGUUUCUAAUCUUAAGUUUUUUUGAAAUGCAAUAAUGUGUAUUAGUUAGCAAUACUUCUGUGAUCACCAGCAACUUCUAAUUUAACCUUAAAGUCUGAAUAAUGAAAAUAGUCCCCAGCAGUAAUACAGUUCUUGAAGUACCAAGUACAUUAUAUAGCUUCUCAGUUUGGUCCUGUGUUUGCAGCAACAUCCACGUGAAUAUUAUUGUUUCUCACUUAUUUUGUAUUCAUGUGUUUUACUAUGACCAAUAGUAAAUAUAUUAGUUAGUACUUGGGAUGAAUAGCAGCAACUACCCCUAAAAUCAGCACUUAUCAAGGUGGAGAAUUUCUAUUUCAAGUUGUUCUACACUUGCAUAAAUUAUUUCUAUUAUUAUUCAUGUAUGUUAUUUAUUUCUGAAUCACACUAGUCCUGUGAGAAUACAGCUGAAAGGAAAUGGCAUUAGGUUUCACAUUUAAUGUUCAUUAUCAGGUCUUGAUGGAGCUAAGUAAAUUAAAAUUAGCCGAAGCCCCGAAAGCACUGCAUGCAUUUUAACAUGAUGAGUAGAAUUCAAGUCUGUAGGGGUAGUAUUUUUGUGUCUAGGUGUUUUACCAUUAUGUAAAGGAAUAAAGCAAAUGACUUUGUAGUUCUUUUGUCAGAGAUGCAUAUAGUAUAGUGUGAAAAUACAGCAAAAAAAUUAAAACCAGAUAGAAAAGCAUCCAAUACUGCCUUAAUCUGGGAACUAGGCCAGACGGCUCUCAGAGUUAAGAUGCCAGGCAGAGACAGGUGCCUGGCUGGUGCCUUCUCAUAUCUGGCCUUGAGAAGCUUCCUCCCUGCAAGCUUGUGCCCUCAUGGUUGUUUUGUGCAGUAGUGGGAACAGGUAGUAGCUGUUUCAGGGAGAACAGUGUGAGAGUUUCCUGUAGAAGCAAACUGUCCACUUGUGCCUUGGGGCUUCCAGAAUGUGUCAGAUGGAGAAAUUCAAGUUUCUGCGCUGCAAGCAACUUGGUUUUGUACAGAAGCAGUUCAGUCUGGUAACAAACCCAAGGACUGCACAGACAGUCGUCAGCAGUGGGUGUUAACAACCAACAGUCCCUAACACCUCAGAAGCUUGUGGCAUUUCUGGUUAUUUUAGGUUUUGAUCUGAAGGUUCAUUGGCAAGUGUUUGGUAUAGAAGAGCAGUAUGUGUUAAGAAAAGCACAAUAUUGGUUCCCGUAGAGUGCAGAUUAGAUCUAGAGGGUUUUAUAGGAUUACCAUGUCAGAGAUGUGUCAGUGCAUGUUUUCACUGUAAAGUGUAUUAGUGUAGUGUUUCUGCAUUCCCAUAGGGCUUAGUUAAAGCUUUAGUCUAGGUUUUCAGCAAGGCUGUCCUACCCAGUAAGCUUUUUUUUUUUUAACUUUUAUAAUAGAAAAUGUGUUAAAUGUAGAAAAAAAAAAUCUUAAUUUGGAUAUUUGACCUGUUGGUUUCUGUGUUUGAAAUCGUGGUUCUGGAGAUGUAGAGAUUGUGCAUGCGCAUGUCAGAUACUAAUCUAGGCUGUGUGAACCAGCCCAGGAUAACCAGUGCUCUCCCAUCCCCUGCAUCCUCCCUCCCUCCCGCUGAGGUGCUCCCUGCCCCCAUCUGGCCUGUCUGCGUGGUGCUCUUUAUCCUCUUCUGCCGCUCUUUGGGCGGCGGGGACAUGAUGAGAGGGAGGCUUCAGGCAUCACAGGUGUGCCUGCUCGGGCUUGGCCACCACUAUUACUUGACCUUUGGCUGGGCACGAAGUGUGCUCACAGCACCAAUCCCAAAUGCCCUCUGGCAUGUUUGUGUGCAUCUUAACUUCAAAACCAAGUCAUCCUACAGAGCAUUCAACUUUGGCUGUGGUACAAAGAAAUGAAACAAGACUAUAAACCACAUUCCAGGCUGCUGUUUUCUGUCCAUCUAUAGGCCAUAGUUUUACCGUAUUUCUUCGUACUUGAAAUUCAUUCUGCUAUUUUAAUAUCAGGGUACAAACUUACAAGGGUGCAUGUUCCUUAAAGGUGCAAAAUGACUCUCAUUCCGUUUGCUCAGAUCGCUACAGAAUGCUGUUUUGGUGCUUUGUAUUGAGCAGGUCAAAGGAGCGGUAUGGAAAUCACUGGAACACAGUCUUAGGAGAAUGUUGGCAGAUGGCUUGGUAUAUAUAGAUAGUGCUUCUGCUCUUCUCUCCGUACGUAAGGGUGAGAGUUACCACACUGGCCUGUUGGGUUCAUGUGGGUAUCCUUUCUCACAGAGUACAGAAACCCUGUGCUCUCCCCAAAUGUGGGUGUGCGCAGCUCUUUGAAAGCAGAGACCUUCCUAUGUACCAGAUCAUUUAGCCCCCAAAGAGAAGUGGCCAUGGGUGUAGAUAGGAGCAGAAUGGGAGGGGCUCUCUCGCUCUGGCAAGCGUCCCUCCAUACAAAAAGCUCUCCUGGGACAAAAAAAAAAAGAAAGAAAGAAAGCUUAUCUGUAAAGUUACCCCCUUCAUAGCACCCUGAGCUAAAUGAUCUUGCUUCUUUCCCUUUAGGUAGAUAAAAGUACAGGUCAGUUUAUCUAGACUCUUCCCACCUGAAGAGGAAAAUAGAAAAGUAGAUUGUUUUUUAUCAUGUAAGAUAUAUAAUCCAAGGACUACCCAAACUUACAUUAAAUCCCCCAUCACUAGCAAUCUGUUCUAAAAAGUAGCUCAAGUCAAAGAUGCUUAAAUGACCUGGACUGCCCAAGGUCAGGGGCAGUCAUUCUAGCAUGUGCCUUACUCUAGGACUCACUUGGAGAGGGACAGCUGCCAAUGUUGACUCUGUUGCAAUGGCAAAGGUAACAUGUCAGAAAAUCUAGAGGGUUGCAGAUCACAAAUCCUUUGGAAACUGGAUGUCUUACUGGGUGCUAGAAUGCAAAUUUAGGUAUUUAUUGUUGGGUAAUGGAAUUCAUUGUUUUUUAAGAAUUAGUGUUGAAACAUCACUGUCCAGUUCAUUGUUUUCACAUAUGCACAAGCUAAAUUGAAGCAAAAAGAGAAUGGUUUGUAUAUUUGUCAUACCUUUUGUAUUUCUUACAAUAAAAAUAUUGGUAGCAAAUAAAAACCAUAAAAACAGCCA